AUGAAACAGCUGCUGGUUUUACUGGCCGCCUUCUGCGCUGGUCAUGCUGUACAAACUGAUCUCUCAGAGAAGGUUUUUUCUUUCCCAGUGCCCAGCUCAACUGCUGCUGUGAAGCUGGUCCCCUAUUCUGAGGAGCCUCUCAGAGCGUUAACCAUGUGCAUGAGGUUUUUCUCUUCUCUUACCCGAGCCCAGAGUCUGUUCUCCCUGGCAGUCCCAUCACAGUCCAACGCCUUCCUGCUCUACAAGCCGUCAGUCGGUGUGUACCGACUGCACGUCUCUGGGGUUUCUCUUGAACUCAGUGGGAUGCCUGAUGAUCUGACUGAAUGGAACUCUGUCUGCUGGACAUGGGACUCCACCCAUGGCUUGACAACACUGUGGGUCAACGGAAAGCGUAGUGAUAGAAAAAUCCUGGCAGCCAAAGCCUCUCUCUCGGGUGCUCCUAGCAUCAUUUUAGGUCAAGAGCAAGACACUUAUGGUGGAGGCUAUGAUCAGGCUCAGUCCUUUGGUGGGGACAUCACAGAUGUUCAUCUGUGGAGCAGCGUCAUCUCUCCGUGUGAAAUUAGGUCCUUUAUGGAUGGAGGCGCCUUCACUCCCGGAAACCUUCUCAACUGGAAAAACAUGCAGUACUCCAUCGCCGGCCCCGUGUACAUGGAGCCCCGUGACUUUGAUAAGCUGUCGUGCUUUUAGAUGAUAUAACUGAUCACAGUGAUGAAAUGUUAAACCUGAUCACGUCUAAACAAAUAAAGAUGAAAAUCUGUGUUCA